CUCCACUUCCCCAGUUCCCCAGUAAUCCAGUAAUCCUGUUCUCCACCCAGCCCGGUUAAAAACGUCUCGCUUUGGACGACUUGAUUGCGCGGCGCACCUGGAUAAAAACCCGGUCGGAGCGAAGGGCGCAGUGAAGGGAGCAGUGGGCAGUGCGCGUCGGUUUGGAACGCGAACAACAUGCUCGGGAAGCAGCACAUGCUUUUCGCCCUGUACGCAAUCUGCGGGAUCCUGCUAAAAGCGGCGGCAACGAAAAACAAAGCGAAAGGAGCCCAGGGUCAGUUCCCCAUUGUCCAGAAUGUGACGGUCACAGAGGGAAAAACGGCCAACCUGACCUGUCGCGUAGAUCAUAAUGACAACACCUCCCUCCAGUGGUCAAAUCCAGCACAGCAAACCCUCUUCUUUGGGGACAAGAAAGCGCUCAGAGAUAACCGGAUUGAUCUGAUCCGAGCAUCAUGGCAGGAGCUUACCAUCAGUAUCCGUGAGGUAACCCUGGCAGACGAAGGACUCUACACAUGUUCGCUCUUCACGAUGCCUGUCAAAACAGCAAAGGCCUAUCUGACUGUCCUGGGUGUACCAGAGAAACCAGAAAUCAAUGGUUUCACUAAACCAGCCAUGGAGGGCGACCAGAUCACCCUGACGUGUGUAACCUCGGGAAGCAAACCUGCCGCAGACAUCCGGUGGUACAGGAAUGAGAAGGAGAUUAAAGGUGCAAAGGAGGUAAACGCCAGUGGAAAAACAUUCACAGUCAAAAGCUCUUUGCAGCUUCAGGUGGACAGGAAUGAUGACGGCGUGGCCUAUACAUGCAAAGUGGUCCACGAGGCACUGCCAUUAACACAGCGACAGGUCACCAAAGUGCUGGAGGUGCACUAUGCUCCUCGUGUAGAAAUCAGAUACUCUCAUUCCCUGCCACAGGAAGGACAGAACCUUAAACUGGAAUGUGUAUCUAACGGAAACCCCUCGCCAGAUCCGGUGCAGUGGACAAAAGACGGAGGCAAACUGCCAGACCUGGACCGUGUCAUCGUGGAUGGUCGAGAUCUCACCUUCACAACCUUAAAUAAAACAGACAAUGGCACCUAUCGCUGUGAAGCCAGCAAUCAUCUGGGCACCAACCAUGCUGAAUAUGUGCUGUUCGUGUACGGUGUCCCAACUACGCCCUUCCCAUCCACAAAUACUCCCCCUGUAGCCAUCCUCUCAGACACCACAGACCCUUUAGACUCCAAGCAGUUCAACCCUGCAGACACCGAUCAUAGAGAUCCUAAUGCUCUGGGACCGCAUAGUCCAGACCACGCCCUGAUUGGUGGUGUCGUGGCUGUUGUUGUCUUUGUUACACUGUGUUUAAUCAUCGUACUCGGCCGAUAUCUGGCACGACAUAAAGGAACGUAUUUGACGCACGAGGCCAAAGGAGCAGAUGAUGCCCCUGACGCAGACACAGCCAUUAUCAAUGCAGAUGGUAACCACGCGCAUACAGAGGAAAAGAAGGAGUACUUCAUUUAGACUGCACCCACUCACCCCAUCACUCUUAUUCUGAUCCCUACUUCCUGCUGUAUAUAAGAACCUCACCUGGCAGCGACGGAAGCAUCUACUUUACUUAUAUCCUGUUCUCUGCACUUUUUAUUCUUCUUCCUUUUACUUCAGU